CAGUCAUAACAAGGUUCUUUAUCAUUACAAAAAACACACAAAUUAGCAUCCCUCGUAAAGACCAUUUUAAAAAAAAAAAAAAACUCAAGUUGCUAUGGCUGAUCAUUUUAUUAAUUCAUCAUUUUCUUUAUUUAAUAUUGAUUCGAGUAUGGAUUUCAUGAACCAGUUUCCAGAGAUAAUCAACCCUUGUUCCUCUGAAUUGUCAAGCUUCAAUUUACAGAGCUCAAUGGAGUUUUCCCAUGAAAAUAUUUUCACUCAAGUAGCUGAAUUUCCAGGAAAUUUACAGGAAUAUUUUCAAGAAAAUAUUCAACAAGAUGACAAAAUUAAUGCCUCAGUAAUACCUUGCGAUAUGGUGCCUAUCAAUGAAAGCAAAAAGAGGAAAACAAUUGAUACACCAGAAAGCAGUUCAUCCCCUGCAGUUUCUGCUACUGGAACUGAAAGAAGAAGUAGUAAAGGAAGAGGAAAUAGAGUGAAAAGUAGUGAUGAAAAGGAAGAAGAAAAAACAAAGGAAGUGGUCCAUGUUAGAGCCAAAAGAGGCCAAGCUACUGAUAGUCACAGCUUAGCAGAAAGGGUUAGAAGAGGAAAAAUUAAUGAAAAACUUAGAUGUUUGCAAGAUAUUGUUCCAGGAUGCUACAAGACAAUGGGCAUGGCAGGAAUGUUGGAUGAAAUAAUUAAUUACGUACAAUCCUUGCAAAAUCAAGUGGAGUUCCUUUCCAUGAAGCUUACAGCAGCAAGCUACAAUUACGAUUUCAACUCAGAGUCAGACAUUCUUGUAUCAAUGCAGAGAGCAGAAGCAUUAGAAGCACUGAAAAUGCAGAAGAGCAAAUUUCCCCCUUUUCCCCUGUUGCCAUACAACACCUGAAUAUUGUCCCCAAUUUCCCCCUUUUUCUGAUCAAUUUACAUCAAAUUUUCCCACUUGGUGCUAUACGUUUGUAAUAUUUGUACACAUGGAAAAUUCAGAAAAUUAUAUUUAUAUUAAUAUACUUGUAUCAAAGCCUCAGGCAACUUAUGUGGGUACUUAACCAAAAGAUCAUAUCAAAGUUGCCUUAUCCAAAAGCACGUGAUUAAGCAUGUAAUGGCAUUAAUUAAUUGGACAUGAGGAUGUGUUUUUGUUGA